GCAUAGGUUCGGGGUGGUUCAAGCAUAGCGAACCUCAUCGAACCUACACGAGAACCACAUCACGCGCUCCUGCAGAAGGUGCUCCAGGCUAUUCUCCGGGAGGUGCUCUCAGGAAUCCUGGAUGGGGUACUUCCAGAGGCCGUUCUGUGCGGGCCGGGGCCGAGGCAGAGCCAGAAGGCUACGACACAGCAGAAGCAGAAGCGGGUGCGGCCACCUGCCGCUGAGGACGAGGAUGAGGAUGAGGACUUCCGCUCUCAUUCACAGAAUCAACUCCACCGAAGAGAGAUGACCGAACCUCCUUGAACUACUGUGAUGCCCCUUGGACUGCAGUGGUCCGUCUCUGCUGAAAACAGUUGCUCCCCGCAUCGACACCCCUCCCCCAUGGAGGUCGAGCCCCCCAGGCCUUGCAGGGCAUCUUCAC